GAGUUUAUCAACGUCGGUGUGAACAGCACCUUAAGAUGUGCCACCCAGCAACGGGUACAUUAUGCCAGCUUGUUAAAAUCUAUUUGUUCACUGUUGGUUAAAAAUACUAUAAACGAUGGAUCUCCAUACAAUGCCAAAUAAAAGUGAAGCGGAGAUGACUGCUGCAGAAAAAUGGAGGGUAGAACAUAUAAAGAUGCACAAACAGCAUCAAGGCCAUGAAUCAAUGCAUGCUGAAAUGUUACUAAUUUUAUUAGUGACAUUAACGGUAGCACAAGUCUUUUUAAUUGAAUGGAAAAAGAGAUAUUUUAAAUCAUAUCAGUUAAUAACAUUGAUAGUUAUGUGGAUAAUACCAUUUGGUAUGAGUCUAAAUAAUCACUGGUGGAGAUUUAUUUUUCUGUGGUUAGUCUCGUCAUGUAUAACAGGACUUGUAGUAAGAAAAGCUAUUCAGAAACCGAUACAGGGUACAACUCCUAGAUUAGUGUACAAGUGGUUUUACUUUAUUUACAAGCUUAGUUAUGUUUUGGGUAUAAUUGGAUAUAUUAUAGUAUUAGCAACAUUUUUUGGUUUGAAUCUUGCAUUUAACGUGAAGCCUCAAGUUUGGAUGGAUUGUGGUUUACUUUUCUUAUUUUAUGGCCUUUAUUUUGGUGUUCUUGGAAGGGAUGUUGCUGAGAUAUGUGCUGAUAAAAUGGCUUCACACAUAGGAUAUUAUGCUCCAGGCAGUAUGCCAACAAGAACUUUAGAGCCAGGAGUAUGCGCUGUAUGUGGAAACAAGCUCUUAGUCUCAGAAGAAGAAGAAGGUGUUAUUGAGAAUACAUUUAAACUUAGCUGCGAACAUGUCUUUCAUGAAUUUUGCAUUAGAGGUUGGUGCAUCAUAGGGAAAAAACAGACAUGUCCUUAUUGUAAGGAAAAAGUGGACCUCAAAAAGAUGUUUCGCAAUCCAUGGGAACGGCCACAUGUAUUGUAUGGUCAAUUAUUGGAUUGGAUAAGGUGGUUAGUUGCAUGGCAACCACUAAUUCUGUUCCUAGUGCAAGGUAUCAAUUGGGCUCUGGGCCUUGAGUAAGUAAUGCCAUAAUUGAGUCGAAUUGGUUUUGCUCCAAAGGAGUAGCACUACAAUAACUGAAUCAUUAUUUGUCGAUUUUGAAUACAAAUGUGCUUGUAUAUUUGUAUAUGCAAUUGUUUAUUAUAUUUGUUAAUGGAACACCAACAUUUUGCUAAUGAUACAUGAAUGUUGGUGAUUAUAUUAUUUACUAUACCUAUUCAUAUAUGUAUAUAUAUAUAUAUAUACAUCUUCGUACAUGUAUAUUGUAUAUAUAUAUAUCAUUGACUAUGUAUAUAUAUAAUAUAUACCUUCGUACAUUGCGUACAGUGGGAACGCCUGUGUUCAAAAAAAAAAAAGAAAAAAAAAAAAAAAAGAAAAAAAAAGAAAAAAAAAAAAUCGAAGGUGCUUUAUUAUGUUAAUUACUUUUGCACUGAAGAAAAAUUAACAGUAUAAAAAUCUAGAUGCAAAACUUUUUUUAUCGUAGGACUUCUUUGGAUACAUUCGUAGAUAAUAAUAUGGUAUUUUGGAUAAAGAUACAAGGUUAGAUAAAUUAUAGUUCUUUCACACUUUUGUAUCUUUCUAGUCAGGAAAUUUUUAAAAUCUUGGAAACAGAGCGUAACGCAAUAUUAAGUCGUAAUGGCUAUAGCUAUUGAUGAUAUUUUUGUAAAAUUUGGCUGUGCACCUGGUACUUCAUCGACCCGUCUAUAUUUUUCAACAGUAUAUUAUUAAUAAUUAAUACACAUUCCUCGAUAAAAGUACACGGUGCUCCACAUAUUUUUCAUGUUCCCCAAUAGCUUUGGGAGAAUUCUAAUAAUAAGAUAGAUACGUUAAUGCUUUUAAAAUUGCUCUUAGGAAAUUAUUUAAGAAUAAUAGUUUGAUUAAAUCAUAUAAAUACUUACCGUAUUCGGUUAAAAAGAAAUUAUAAAUGUGAACCUAUUUAAUACAAAAAUUAAAUUAAAAAUUAAUAAGAUUUUAUAAUAACGAAUGUGUGUGAUACAUUUCAAAAUAUUAUAUAGAAAUUAAGAUAGUCUCAUUUUUCUUAUAAAGAAAUAGAUAUCGAUCGUUUCAUAAUAAACACAAUGCGUGUAAGUAGUACAUCCAAUAACGAUCGUUUUUUCACAGCUAAUUAAUCUUGCACCGGUAUAUCUGUUACACUUAUUGCACAAGUAAAAGCGGUUUUCACCUUCCCCUUUUCCCCCACCCUCACCCACACCCACAACCCCUUCCCUUCCUUCACACGACCAAUUUUUUGAUUAUACUAUCUAUAUGCAUAUGUACUAUUUGUAGAUUUUAGUCAACGAUUCGUCUACAUUUUACGUAAAUAUUUCUACGUUAAUUGUAAGAAUCGGUGCAUUGCUUAAAGUAUCAGCACAUUUGUUAUUUAUUUUCAAGUUUUCUAUUUUCAUCGUCAUAUUUAUUAAUUUUUCUUUCUUGGGAAAUUUAGGUAUUAUUAUAAAGAUAACGAUAAAUUCUAUAUUCCAUCUUGAAAAAUAAUAUCGCCGGUACGAUACGAUAUGUUUUUAGAAUGAAAAUGCAAAUUUCAAAUAUUAUUAAUUCGAUUUAAGCGCGACAAAGAAAAUGUUUCUUCCAUUUUUCUUUUCCCAGAAGACGUAACGAUUGUAAAUACGUUGAGAAGAGUAAACAAAAAAUUGUAAUAAAUGGAGAUCUGUCCAAAAAGCAAAUACUUCAUAAUAAAAUAAUGUACAAAAGCAGAA